AUGGCAUUUAUGGGAUAUUUCGAGUGUGGAUUUAUAUUUUUCCUUUCAUUGCUGGAUUCUGCGUUUGCUCAGAUCGUCUAUUCCGUACCGGAAGAGGUAAAUAGUGGAACAGCUGUUGGCAAUAUAGCGAAAGACCUGAACCUAAAUGUUCACGACCUGGAAUCUCGCAUGUUUGAGAUCGUGACUGGAUCAAAUAAGAAGUAUUUUGAUGUAAAUCUGAAAACGGGCGUGCUGUUUGUUAAUGAAAGGAUUGACCGUGAUGAAAUAUGUAUGUCGAACCAGAAAUGCUCUUUGAAUAUAGAGGCCCUCGCUAAAAAUCCUCAUCGUCUUUACAGGGUGGAAGUUAAGAUUUUGGAUAUAAACGACAAUGCGCCACAUUUUCCUGUUAAAAUAUUUACUUUGAAUGUUAGUGAAAACGCAAGUCCUGGAGAGAGAUUUCCUCUCCCUAUGCCUCAUGACUCUGAUGUUGGCAGUAAUUCACUGAAAGAGUACAAACUGAGUCCGAAUGAACAUUUUAGUCUCGAUACACAGAGUGAAGACCAGAGUGUGUCUGCAGAGUUAGUGCUGAACAAGGCUUUAGAUCGAGAGAAGCAAGCGAUUAUUAAGUUAGUUCUCACCGGGAUAGAUGGAGGAAAAACACCUAAAUCAGGGACUUUAAAUAUUAUUAUAAAUGUCAUGGAUGUUAAUGACAAUAACCCAGUGUUCAGUCAACCUCUUUACAAAGUCAAAGUUAAAGAAAAUAUUGCAGCUAAUACUAAAGUUAUAUCUGUCUUUGCAACUGAUUUGGAUGAAGGAAUAAAUAAUGAAAUUAUAUACUCAUUUGUUGGUCAUGGAAAGAAGCAAGACAUAUUUUCCAUUAUCCCAGACACAGGAGAUGUUGUUGUUAAAGGACAAAUUGAUUACGAGGAAAAUCCUGCUAUUGAGUUACGAGUUCAGGCGAGAGAUAAAGGCAGUCCACCAAAAAGCACACAAUGUAAAAUUUUAAUUGAAGUUUUGGAUGAAAAUGAUAAUGCACCUGAGAUAGGUGUGACUCCUCUGUUGGAAAGUGUGAAAGAGGACGAAAAACCAGGAACUGCUGUUGCUUUAGUCACAGUGUCUGAUAAAGAUGGAGGUAAAAAUGGCAUUGUUCACUGUGCGCUGAAAGGCUCGUUUCCUUUCAAACUGGAGACGUCAUAUAACAAUCAUUAUUCUCUAGUGGUAGACGGACCUCUUGACAGAGAGAGUGUUUCUCAGUAUAACAUCACAAUUACAGCUUCAGAUGAAGGAACUCCGGCUCUUUCCAGCAGCACUGUUAUAACUGUACAUAUCUCUGAUGUUAAUGACAAUGCCCCACAUUUCCCAGCACCCGUUAUUAACGCUUUUCUAAGUGAGAAUGGUCAAGCUGGAGGUCUCGUUUCAAAAGUGACAGCUGAUGAUUCAGACACUGGUGAGAACGCAGAACUUUCAUAUUCACUGUUAGACAGUUCCAGCUCCAGAGUUCCUGUAACAACACUGAUCAAUAUAAACUCUUUGAGUGGAGAAAUAUUCAGUUUACAAUCAUUUAAUCAUGAGGAAACAAAAAGAUUUCAGUUUGAAAUGAUGGCAACAGACUCUGGUGUUCCUCCUCUGAGCAGUAAUGUGACUGUAAAUGUGUUUAUUCUGGAUGAGAAUGACAACAGUCCAGUUAUUUUGCCGCCUUAUUCUGAUCCUGGAUCAGUUAAUACUGAGAACAUUCCCUACUCUGCUGAAGCGGGAUACUUUGUAGCCAAGAUCAGAGCUGUUGAUGCUGACUCUGGAUAUAACGCUCUUCUGUCUUAUCAUAUAAGUGAAGCCAAAGGAACUAAUCUCUUCCGCAUUGGAAGCAGCACUGGAGAAAUAAAGACUAAGAGAAGAAUGAGUGACAAUGACUUAAAAACUCACCCACUUAUUAUUACAGUGUCUGAUAAUGGAGAGCCAUCACUCUCAGCGACUAUGUCCAUGGAUGUUGUGGUUGUUGAGAGUCUGGAUGACAUAAAGACACCAUUCAGAGAAGUUCCUGUUAAAGAGGAGAGUUUCUCAGAUCUGAACGUGUAUCUGCUCAUCGCUAUCGUCUCAGUAUCAGUCAUCUUUUUACUGAGUCUCGUGGGUUUGAUAGCAGCUAAAUGCUACAGGACAGACGCCCGUUUCAGCAGGUACAGCGCUCCAGUGAUCAGCACCCAUCCAGACGGAAGCUGGUCCUUCUCUAAAUCUACUCAACAGUAUGACGUAUGUUUUAGUUCAGACACAAUAAAGAGUGAUGUAGUCGUUUUCCCCUCGCCGUUUCCACCAGCAGACGCGGAGUUGAUCAGCAUUAAUAGUGGAGAAGACACUUUUACGCGCACACAAACUCUUCCUACCACCGAGAAGGUAAGAAGACUUUGA